CCGCCCCCCUGCCGCAUGGCGCUCGCGCGAACCGUCCCGCUCCCGCAGCUCGCUUCGGCCUCGUCCCUCCCCCGGCACCGCCGCUGCCGCCUCCUCCUCCCCGCAAUGUCGCAGGCGCGCGGCCCCCCCGCGCGAGGGAUCGCCUGCCGCGCCGCGACGACGACGCCGGCCGCGGUGGCGGCGGUGGGCGUCGGGGAGGACCUGCCCGAGGGCUACGAGCAGAUGAUGCCGACCGUGGAGGCCUCCCAGCGGCGGCGCGCGGGGGUCCUGCUGCACCCGACGUCGCUCCGCGGCCCGCACGGCAUCGGCGACCUCGGCGACCAGGCAAUCGCGUUCCUCGACUGGCUCCACGGCGCCGGCUGCACGCUCUGGCAGGUUCUUCCACUUGUUCCCCCGGGAAGAAAAUCCGGGGAGGAUGGUUCUCCUUAUUCAGGACAGGAUGCAAACUGCGGUAAUACACUAUUGAUUUCUCUUGAAGAGCUUGUUAAAGAUGGGCUGUUGAUGGAAAACGAACUUCCUGAUCCUUUAGAUAUGGAAUAUGUUGAAUUUGACACUGUUGCUAAUCUGAAAGAACCUCUUAUUGCCAAGGCAGCAGAGAGGCUCCUACAGAGCCCUGGAGAGCUCAGAAGGCAGUAUGACGAAUUCAAGAAAAAUCCAGAUGUUUCAGGUUGGCUUGAAGAUGCUGCACUUUUCGCUGCUAUCGACAAUAGCAUCAAUGCAGUGUCCUGGUCUGAGUGGCCUGAACCGCUGAAAGAUCGCCAUCCUGGAGCCUUGAAAGAUAUAUAUGAAAACCAGAAGGACUUUAUAGAAAAUUUUAUGGCACAACAGUUCUUAUUUGAAAAGCAAUGGAAACGGGUUCGUUCACAUGCUCAGAAGCUGGGCAUCAGCAUAAUGGGUGACAUGCCUAUAUAUGUUGGCUACCACAGCGCAGAUGUUUGGGCAAACAGGAAAUCAUUUUUGCUGGACAAGAAUGGUUUCCCUACAUUUGUUAGUGGCGUUCCCCCUGAUGCAUUCAGUAAAACUGGUCAGCUAUGGAACAGCCCAUUGUAUGACUGGAAAUCUAUGGAAGCAGAUGGCUUUGCAUGGUGGGUAAAGAGGAUUAAACGUGCCCUUGAUUUGUAUGAUGAGUUCCGUAUUGACCAUUUCCGGGGGCUUGCUGGUUUUUGGGCAGUUCCUUCGGGAUCAGAAGUAGCGAUGUUUGGAAGCUGGAGGGCUGGACCAAGGAAUGCCUUUUUUGAUGCGCUGUUCAAAGCUGUUGGUAGAAUAAAUAUAAUCGCUGAAGACCUGGGGGUGAUAACCGAAGAUGUUGUUGAGUUAAGGAAGUCUAUUGGGGCUCCAGGGAUGGCAGUUCUUCAGUUCGCUUUUGGCGGUGGUCCUGGCAACCCCCACUUACCUCAUAACCAUGAAUUGAACCAAGUUGUAUACACUGGGACACAUGAUAAUGAUACAGCUGUUGGCUGGUGGCAAAGUUUACCAGAGGAAGAGAAGCAAACUGUGUUCAAGUAUCUACCGCAGGUCAGCAACUUGGAUGUCUCUUGGGCGCUAAUUGCUACUGCUCUCUCUUCCGUUGCAAGGACUUCCAUGGUAACCAUGCAGGACAUACUCAGCCUUGGCAGCUCUGCUAGGAUGAACACUCCAGCUACACAGAAAGGAAAUUGGAAAUGGAGGAUACCAAGCUGUGUCAGCUUCGACAGCCUUAGCCUCGAAGAAGCAAAGCUGAAGGAGUUGCUUACGCUGUACGACCGGCUGUGAAGUUGUCGGUUCUCCAGCACUCCUGUGUUCUCUGUCUCUUCAGGCUUGGAACUGCCAGACGGUACUGCCAUAAACUAGCAGCCAAACAUGAAGGAUCUGGCUGCUAUUGUUCCGUGGGAUGUUGGCACCUGUCCCCGAAUAAUAGGGUUGUGUUGAUUGGUUGCAAAUUAACAUGCUUGAACUUGAAGCGUCUUGCAUCUUUACAAUUUGCUAUUAUGGUGUAUAUAGAUAGUCCUUUAUGUUCCCAUUUCGUCUAUGCUAUUGUAACUCAUGAGUCUUGGAAACUCUUAAUAAGUGGGAUAUGUGUAUCAAGUUCUUUUUA